CCUAAAUGAAAUAGGUAACUUAACGUGAGCCUGACCUCUGGGAUGUAAGUCUUUCUCGUUACAUAAUUUCAAAGAAGUCUCGGCACAUUUAUAAGUUUUAUGUAUCUGUUUGAAAUAACAAGGGCGACCGUUAAUCGGACGUUUUUUCCCGGAGGUUUUGACGUGGUGCCGGUGUUUCCCGGGCAACGUUAGCUGCCUCUGGGUCUUCAAGCAGGAAAAAGCGCCAACUUAUGCUGCGCCGUGUGAAUCGUCAAACACUCCGUAAAUGUCUCUCACACCGGAUUUUUCCAUCAAAUAUAUUAAACUUCAGUUCGGAAUGACUCUUUCAGUGGGGUGCGCUGUUGCAUCUUAGUAGGAACAAAAAAAAAGAGAGAGGUUUAAAAAGAAAAAACAUCGCCCUCAAGGUACCAGAGUAAAAGAUGCCAGGCCUGCAGGGUGAAAACGUUGUGGCGGCGCUGGGGAGCCCCAUCAAGAAGAGUAAACUGUCUCUGAAGUUCCUCCAGAAGAAGGAAACUAAACGAGCUCUGGAUUUCUCUGAACCUCAAGCAGAUGAACCCAAAGCGGCUGAAGCAGUGGAGCCUGAGGCCAGCAGCUGUGAUCAGGUGGUCCCUGGUCCUUCUCCAUGCCCAGCCUCACCCGGCCUUCUGCCCUGUGAGAAGAGGGAGAACUUGGUGCCAUUCGUGGGGCUCAACAACUUGGGCAACACCUGCUAUUUGAACAGCGUCUUACAGGUGUUGUACUACUGCCCAGGGCUCAGAGAAGGCAUAAAGACACUAUACAAUCUAUCCAAAAGAAAAGACAAAUCAAAGGAAGAAACUGAUAAAAGCGAAGAGCAGUCAGAAGUUGCAGCUGAGGCUCUGCCACCUCAAAUUGAGCUCCUUGGGAGCUUCAACAGUCUGAUAACAUCAGUGGAGCAGCUGCAGUCCGACUUCUUGCUGAACCCUGACAGCUUCAGUGAAGGAGAACUUGCCACACCACCUCGCAAAAUCCUCCACACACUGCGGCAGCUGAACCCCAUGUAUGAAGGCUAUCUUCAGCAUGAUGCUCAGGAGGUGCUGCAGUGCAUCCUGGGAUAUAUCCAAGAAGCCUGUGAGACCAUCAGGAAGGAGCAGGAGUCGACGAGAAAGGACGACGACGCGGCUGAGGUUAAAAUUGAGAAUGGUGUCCAUUUGGGUUCCAGCAGCUCCACAGCAGAAUCUCAAACUCCCACAGAAGAGGACGGCCAAGUCAGCGGCAAGAGAAAGAGUGACACUGAAGUGGGAAAUGCCAAAAAGAAGCCAAAAUCGGUGAAGUCUAAGAAAUCUGAUGCAGAGGAAGACAGUAUCAGUAGAAAUAAACCCUUCACUCGGUCCAAAAGGAGGUCUUCUAGUGACAUCACAAUAGACAGCACCCAAAACAAAGACAAAGAGGGGAAGGCAGAAGAUGAAGGGAUGAAGAAACCGAAUAAGGAGGAGGAAGGCGGGAGUGACGGUGAGGGGAAAGGUGAAAAGGCAUCUAAAGAGGCAGAUGGGAAAAAGAAGAAGAAAGCCAAGCUCAGCUGGCUGAGGCCUUCUGGGAAACAACCGAGUAUUUUCUCCAAGUUCCGCAGUGUGGGGAAGAUCAGCUGCACGACUGUGAAGAACCAAAUCAAACCAGAGCCAGAGAACGAGAACGGGCUGACGGACGAUCAGAGUCAGAAUGAGCAGACCAGUGAGGAGAAAUCCCCGCAAAACGUGGCUGAAGACAAGACGGCAGUGAAACCUCAAGAUGGACUGGAUCUGAUGGAGCGCCUGUUCCAGGGCCAACUGGUUCUGAGGACUCGCUGUCUGGAGUGUGAGAGCUUCACAGAGAGGAGAGAAGACUUCCAGGACAUCAGUGUCCCAGUGCUCGAUGACCAACCCAGCAGCCCGGACGACCUCUCUGAGGUUUCUCCUGAUCCUAAACCAGAGCUGAAGACUCUGACGUGGGCCAUCGGCCAGUUUGCUUCAGUGGAGCGGAUCGUUGGGGAGGACAAAUACUUCUGUGAGACCUGUCAUCAUUACGCAGAGGCUGAGAGGAGUCUGCUGUUCGACAAAACGCCUGAAGUCAUCACCAUUCACCUGAAGCGCUUCUCUGCCAACGGCUUAGAAUUGGACCCGUAUGCCGGUCUGUCCAAAGUGAACACUCCCUUGCAGACGCCUUUGACCUUGUCCCUGGAGGAGUGGUGCACCCGGCCCUCGUCUGCAAAGGCUCAGCGCUAUCAGCUGUUUGCUGUGGUCAUGCACAGCGGCAUCACUAUCAGCAGCGGCCACUACACCGCCUACGUCCGCGUGUCUGAGCUGAAAGAUGUGAAGCUCUGGCUGCAGGACAGAAAAGAAACGGAGGAGGAGGAGAGUAAAGAGGGAACGCGGGUGAAAGACGAAGUGUUGGACUAUGAUGAUGGAGAGGUGUCGUUCAGCCUGCACGCAAGGAGAAGUGCGAGUUUGGCUAGCAACAAAACGGGAGGCAAGAAGCUGUCAGAGGGUGGGGUUGGACUCUUGGGGGGCCAGAGGAGUUUGUCCAGUUACGACCUCGGGAACAGCAGCAGCAAACACACAGAGAAAGCAGCCAGCAGUGGAGCCACAGAGGGAUCCAAACGGAGGAAAACCAUCAACAGUCAGGGCCAAAAUUCUGAAGCAGGACUCAAAAAGGAGCCUGGGGUAGGAGAGGAGGCAUCCAUGACUUCCUGCGGCGGAGUGGAGGCCACAGAGCAGCAGGCUUUGAACAACCUCCUUGAAUAUGAGGGCAAAUGGCUGCUGUUUGAUGACUCUGAGGUGCGUUUGUUUGAGGAGGAGGAUUUCCUGCGAGCCUGCUCUCCCGAGACAUGCUCCUCAUCGACACCGUACCUGCUGUUCUACAGAAGGAUGCCUGAACCAGGACACUAACACGAACACAAGGACCGCCAGUCAGGCGUUCUGGCAGCUGAACACUCAGACAGUUGUAUUUUGUAAUACUACGAACUGUGCCAAAAAUACUGUGGCUGCCUGAACUGAAGAUACUUCUCAGCCCAAAAACCCACUGAAACAGUCUGGUCUCACUGCGGGACCAAAGCUGUUUAGACCCACUCAUGAACUUGUAUGCCGGGACAGACAAAUGGGGAUUUGUCUAUGUGCCAGGGAUGACUUCUUUUUUUUUUUUUUGGAUGUGAUUCUCGCCUCUGUAAACUGAGUACAGUGGCUUCUCUUUUUGCUGUGUGUACUAUUAUUUCUUGGACACUGGCUUUGAUAAGUUUUCUGUCAUUUUCUUUAACAUGUUUUUAUUUUCUUGUUUGUUUUUUUUUAAAAAUUGGAAAAGCACUUUUGAACUAAAAAUUUAAAUAAGUGAAAAUGCUAAAUGUUGGAAAAUGUCUUUUUUCUAGCUAAUUUACUUAUUUACUUAUAUAAUCCAUUAAUUUGCAUUUACAGGAGAAGAUGAUGGUGCUGAGUAUAUUUUAAAUAGAUUACUCCACAAAAAAAAGCCAAAUAAAACACAAAGUCCUUUCAAGUAAUGCAGAAUAUGCUUCAUGAGGUUAGAGAGAAUACGCUGAAGAGUUUUUCUGCAAUAUUUUCUUUGAGAAGUUCGGCAAAGGCUUCACUUCUAAAGUUUUGCACUAAUUCCUGGUCCUCAAGAUUUUACAUACAUUUUUUUUUUUUAAAUAUAAAUUUGAAGCCUGAAAUUGAUGCUGAUAUGCUUAUAUUUUUGCAUAAAACACACUAAACUGUCAAGCCUCCAGUGUAUAUACCAAGCUUGGUUUUGUUAAUACACAACAGUUUAUGCAGGCUGCUGACUUUCUUACUCAGCCCACACAUCGCAAGCUUCAAGGUGCCAAUUCAGAGUGAAGAUGUGUGAAACUUAAACCCUUAAUAUAUUUAUGUCUUCAGGUUCUAAGAUGUUUAUCAAGGUUAUAAACUGCCUCUUCAGCUUCCAUAUCUAAUUCAGUUUGUAGCUAAUCAUUUGCAUAUUUAUGGAAAUCCAGAUUUGUUAUUUACAGGGUUAGUUUCUUACUUGAACAUGUUCCGUACUUCUGAGUCUGUCCCUGUGGAUACUCAAAUAAUGACUCCUAUUGGUCAAGCAUUGCAUUUGUUUUGUGUGUGUUCAGCGUAUUUUUUGUUGUUGUUGUAAUUAAUAACAUAACAUAGCUUUUCAGGUUUAAAAAUGUGGUCAUAAGGUAUUACAGGUAUCUAGUUGCAAAUAUUCAGUAAAGAUGACAUUAUUCAUCUCAGGUUCAGCAGAGUUUAUAAGACCAAUCAUGGUUUCAGGGAUUAAAUCAGAUAUUUAGCUGUAGCUUCAUGAAUAAUAACCAUUAUGGGCCAUAUUCAGUCAUAAGUACCUGGGAAAGGUUUCCAAAGCAAGUUUUGGAAUUUAAUGUAAUGUGACAGCAGCCCCAGUGCAUGUGUUGUCUCCUUUAAACUGUACCUCAUUCCAGCUGUAAUUAUAUUAAUGUUGGCAGGUUCUUACUAUCAGCAAUAAAGUUUUUACCUUCA